AUGUUGGUGGGAGACUACGGCAGCAGUGACGAAGAAGAUGAACGCGUAGAGCAAACAAAUAGUGGUACUAAAGCAACCUUGUUCUCUGCGCUACCAGAACCGAGGACUAAAGAGAAGAAGAAAGCGCCAGUACAGAUAAGAUCAGACAGUGUCAAAUCUAGUAAGCAGGAAGAGGAUGAUGAUGUCGCUGCAUUAGUUGGUGAAUCUAGUAAGAAGUCAGUAUCAGAGACGCCGAAAACAGGUGGAAAUGGUCUAAGUGGCUUACUUGGUAUACUGCCACAGCCAAAGCAACAACAACAACAACAACAACAGCAUCAGAGUAAACAUCUUGAUAAGAAUACAGAUGUAGAAGAGUCUACUUCAAGCUCCAGUCGGAGUAACAAGCGAUCUGCACCAAUUGAUAUCUUCUCUUUGGGAGCUAGCUCAUCUAAGAAACUACACAAAGAGGAAAAGCAGCCUCAGAGCACAUUCAGCACGAGUGUUGCGCCUGAAUUACCUGAAUACACGCCACCAGAUCCCUCACCGUAUGAUCCAUACCCUGGAUAUUAUCAAAUGCCAACCGGUGAAUGGCAAGCCUAUGAUUCAGCAUUCUACAAGUCUAAAGUACGCCAAUGGCAGAUAGAAUCAGGUGUCGACGUAGAAGCAGCCGAAGAGGAAGAGCGGAAGCGUAAAUUAGGAUUAUCGGGCAAGGAUGUUGUCGACGUCAGUGCCAAAGAUAUACAAAAACAAGUCAGACCAACACAAAUUGGUCCAGAGAAGCCAGAACAGCCGAUUGAAGUCAAAGGACCACAAGGUAGAGGCGCCAGAGCGCGCGGACAACUCAGUUCACUCAUAUCAGAGGCUGUCAAUAACCGAACAGAACUUGAGGAGAAGAUUGCGCAAGGUAAGGCCAAUCGUGGUACGUCUAGCAAAGUGUACGGCUUUUAGUCGAUUACUUAAUAUGGAAAUUGAUGCUUUUAUACAAACUACAAACUGAUAGUGUACACUGUCCGUCUUUGAUAUAUAUUUAAAUUAAGCUUCUUCAUCGCUGACUGUUGGCCCCUCUUCGACUCUCUUCUUCUUUG